GUGAAAUUCGUUAUGUACAUAUUAUAAAUAUGAAAGAAAUUUCAGAAAAGUCUGCUAUUCUUUCAAGCGAUUCAGAAGAAUUACGAACUAUUCGUGUAUUUAGUGGUACGUUUAAUGUAAGCGGACAAGAAGUGUCUGAGUCUCUCGUACCGUGGCUCGAAUGUGAUUAUGACAUUGACGUUUAUGCGAUAGGUUUUCAAGAGACAGAUCUUAGUGCAGAAGCAUUUUUAUUGAAUGAUAGCGUCAGAGAGGAAGAGUGGUCCGAUGCUGUAUUAAAAGCAUUGGGCGAUAAAGCUGAAGAUUAUUGGAAGGCAGUUCUAAUGGUUUUGGUAAAAAAAGAGCACCAUCCAUACAUCAAAGAUAUCCGGAGCGAUAGUGCUGGUGUAGGAUUGAUGGGCAUGAUGGGUAAUAAAGGUGGUGUAGCUAUAAGAUUCCGUUUUCAUGGCUCAUACCUGUGCUUUGUGAAUUGCCAUUUGGCAGCAAAUCCAGGAGGGUUAGAAAGGAGGAAUCAAGAUUACAUGGAAAUAUGCAGACGAAUGACUUUUCCUAUUGAUACAAGUGAGGGGUAUUCCUCACUAUAUGGUUGGGUUGGCGAUUAUAUACCCCCUUCUGCUAAGUAUGCUGCAGCCGCUGUUGUCGGAAUGGGAGGAAUGAUUAUUCCGGGCAUAAAUGCGCCGAAUAAUCCAUCCAUGGAUGUUGUUGAACCGGUGGUCAAAUCGAUGUUAGAAAAAGGUGACAUGGAAUUAUUGCUAAACUUUGACCAGCUUAAUAUGCAAAGGAGAAAUAAGCAGGCAUUUUAUGAGUUUGAAGAGGGUACAAUAACUUUCCCGCCAACCUAUAAAUAUGAUUUUAAAACAAAUGAUUUCGAUACCAGUGAAAAGAAAAGAUCACCUGCAUGGACAGACAGAAUAUUGUGGAGGAGUAAGGAAAGCGACUGGUGUAAACAAUUGACAUACAAGAGUCAUAUGGAUAUUAGGUUAAGUGAUCAUAAACCAGUUAGUUCAAUUUUUGAAUUAAAGCUUAAAAUCUGUCCGCCUGAAAAGUCUGAAAAACUUGAUGAUCCUGAACAUGAGGAUGAUGAAAUUAUUACGUAUAACAAUGUGAUCAUAUUGAAAGACAAUGGAUGUGAACAGUAUACAAACCAUCGAAUUUAUAAUAUUAUGAAUAAAUCUACUAAAAGAAAAAAUUGUUCAACAAUAAUGAAUAUUUCUAAUUCUCAAGAAGGAACAUCUAAUAAAAGAACACAAAUUUCCGCUUCCAAUCUUACUGUUUCUCAAGUUUCUCAAACUUCUUUAGCAGAAGCACCAGUUGGGACAGUUAUUCAAGUAGAUACAUCAAAUAAAGUUAGUUGGGUUUGGAAAUUUUAUUAUCAAGAACUUCGCAAAGAAACAGAAGGGUGGAUACGAUAUGCUAUAUGUAGAAUUGAAAUAGAAUCUGGUCAAGAAUGUAGAAGAACAUAUCGAAUUGGAUUCUCAACUGGAAAUCUUAUUAUACAUUUAGAUUCGGAACAUGAGGUUACAAAACAUAAUCAAAUUCCAAAAAAGCUUGUUGCAGAUUCAAAACCAUUAAAUAUUAUUCAAAAUAAACAUUUUCAACAAUUUAUAAAUGCAUUUGACCUAGCAUUUAAUAUUCCAGAUAUAAAAUUAGUUAAACAAGUUAUUAAUCGGGCUUAUGAUUACUCUGUUCCAUUGUUACGUGAUUAUCUUAAAAAAAAUAUAGUUAAAGUAUCUUUUACAAUAGAUUUUUGGACAGCUAGAAAUCAGCAAGGGUAUCUUGGAAUUACUUGUGCAUAUAUUGAUAACUCAUUUAAAUUAAAUGAAGUUACACUUGCAAUACAAUAUGUACAAUAUCCUCAUACAGCAGAUAAUAUUUAUGAAACAAUUGAGAAAGUAAUUAAAUACUGGGAAUUAACUAAUAAAGUAUUUUCAAUUACUACGGAUAAUGCAUUAAAUAUAAAAAAAGCUGUAAAAAAACUAAAUGGAGUUAUGUGGCAAAGAUGUAGUGCACAUACACUACAAUUAAUAAUUGGAAAAGCUUUAUUACCUGUAAGUAUGUUAAUAGCUCAUGCAAAACGGUUAAUUAAUUUUUUUUUGCGUCCAAAACAGUCAGAACGUUUAGAAAUUGUACAAAAACGAUAUCCAAAUAAGGCAACUAUG